AUGGCACCGACUCGACCGCGAGCUGUAGAUGAUUCCCGCUCAGAGACCUCUAGCACCAUUACGAAUCUGAAAGAGAGGGCUACGUUAGGUGCUUUGACGGGCACUGGAGUAUCUAAAGGCAAGAGAAACGCAACAGGGACUGCGAAUAGCACGUUAAAAGCCACCGCCAAUGGCACGGCAACGGACAGUAACGCCGUAGAAAACCUCCCUAAGACAGACUGGAGCUCGUUAUCCCCGUCCACCCUCCUCACAUACCGCACGGCCUACCGCCUUCCGACUGCUUCUUGCUACACACAUCCCCACGCUGAUAUCCUUUACGAAUCGUCGCAGACCGCCCGCCGGGCCCCCACAGCUGUUCUAGCGCGAAAGCGCAUGAGGGAGUUCCGACUACAUCACCGGGAAGAGCCUCAGCCGACCACAUCCACCAAAAAGAAAUCAAAGCCAACCGCCACUGAUAAAGACAGCGACGUCUCCAAACAGAACGAGCUGUCCAAGGCCGCCGCUACAGUCAACAGUAAUGACAGCGGUGGAGGUAGCGAUGAGCCAGGCUCCCCCGACCCGUUCCAGCCCCUUGUGGGCUACCUUCCACCAGUAGAGCAGAUUGACCGGCAGACACCCCAGCUUCUGGCCAUGGCGGUGAGGAAACAUUUCAAUGCACAGCAGCUCAACGAAGCGGAGACGGUUGCGAAAUUCAUAUACGUGGCGCGCAACAGCUCCAGCAGGGGAGCCGUCCGGACCGAAGGCAGCGCGGGCGAUGGCAAUGGGUGGUGGAUGGGUAGUCAAGGGAGAGAAAUCAGGAAAUGUGACGGCGGCGAAGUGGGCUUCAGGUUGAGGUUUCGACCUGGCUAG